AUGAGGCUGGUCUUCGUUCUGCUGGCGCUGGCCGUCACUGCGCUCCCCUCCCCCGUGUGGGGGGAGGGGGCGCAGGUGGAUGGCUUGAACUUCUCCUUCGAGGACGACAGCGAGAAAGAGAAGGAAGUGAUCCUGCUGGAUAUAGGCGCCGAGAAAAGAUUCGACUUCAGGUUCGACAAUAAAGACGGCACGUACCAGCACGGCUACCAGUCCGGGCGGCUCGGCGACGACGGCGGCUACAACUUCAAGCACGAGUACAAACAGGAGGACGGGGUGCGGUUCGGCCAGUACGGCUACGAGCUGCCCGACGGCACCAACCAGACAGUCAACUACGUGGCCGAUGCCAACGGCUACCGCGUGCUGGCCGAGGGCCAGAAGUACGUCCCAGUCAGCGAGCGCGAGCUGGAGCGGCGGCGCGGUAUCCUCGAGGACAUCCAGGCCGAAGAGGAGGAGCAGGAGCCGCUUAAUCUGGACCUCACUCUCCUGGAACGCAUCGCUGACCCGGCCGAGGUGGAGCUGGAGUCGGAUCCGGCCGUGGCACUGUCGGCCGCCAAACCGCUGCAGCCGCACUCGCAGCUCGACCCCGACACGAACGCCUUCCAGUUCGGCUUCCGCUCGGCCUCCGACGACGGCGUGCUGUACCGGCACGAGGAGCGCGACGAGGAGGGCGUGGUGUCCGGCCAGUACGGCUACCGCCCCGCCGGCGGCGCGCCGUGCUUGUCUCGUGGCGCCACCGUCGACUCUGUGAGGCCCUACUUCCGUCCGCACGUGCCCCAGCUCUCGGCCGUGCUGCCGUACGGCGCCCUCGUCCCCUACGCCGCCGUCCCGUACGCGGCCGUGCGCAGUCCCGCUGCGCAUGUUCAGCAGCGCCCGCGACCGGUCCUGUACCAGCGGCCGCUGCCGUACCCGGUGUACCGGUACCCGCAGUAUCGGGCUGCGGCCGAGGGUGCGCACUGA